CUAGAUCUAGUAGAUCUGGUAGUAGGCUUUUCGACUCGCCGCCAUCUUUCUAACCAACCUUUAUCCGGACUUUUUCAUGCGUACUUGAAAAAAUUCGCCAUUCCGAUGAAUGCCAAUUCUAACCAUCAGAAUCGAUAAAUUAAAUAUUCUCGAUACUAUCAUACGCGUUGAAUUUUAUCAUUUAAAUGUUUCAUUGAUAGAAGUAGCUGUUUACAAUACUCGAUACUGAAAGCGACCUAACGAUGAUGAUAGCGAAAAUCGAUGGAAACCGCGCAGUACCGAACCGCUACUUUCGGAACAAAAUUUCGGCUUUAAAAAAAGAGAAUAAGUACAGGAACCUAGUAAUUGAUUUAUAAAAAAGCAGUCAAGAAUGGAAGAGGAAACAGAGCAUUUAGCUGCAAUGUUGUCUAUUGUAGAUGAACAGUCACACAAAUUAACGGAAUUUUUAAACUCUGAAGAUUUGAAACCAGAUCUAUCAACAAUAUUUUCAUCUUCUCAAGACAUAAAAACAGAAUUUACAACAUUUUCAUCUAUGGUUAAUGCAAAACCCAACUUGACAUUCACAGCUUCUCAAGAUGUUAAACCAUAUACUACAACAGAAUUUUCAUCUUCUAAAGGCACAGAAACAGAAUUUUCAAGUUUUUCAUCUUUUGAUAAAUUUACACUCUACCAAACAUUUAUAGGCUUGCAAGAUGUUAAACCUGAUGUUACAACUGAGUUUUUAAUUUUUAAGGAUAAAAAGCCUGCUGUAUCAACAUUAUCAACAUCUGAAGAUAACAAAUCAGAAGUCACAACUUUAUCAAGUAGUAAAGAUUCAAAACCAGAUUUAUUGACAGGAUUUUUAUUUUUUGAGGAUAAAACACAAAAAAGGCUUGAACUUCAAGUUGAAGAAAAUCUCCAGUUUUCUAGAGACAAAAGAUAUCAAAUUGUUUCUAGUCACGAACACAAAUGGUUUUAUCAAAGUUCUAACUUUAAAAAACAUAAAACAGCUCAAGACGGAAAUGAGCAAGUUGAAUAUGAUGGUGACUGUGAGAAUCUUUCUCAAAGUUGUAAUUUCAGUAAAAAUAAAAAAGUGCUCUCAAGAGAUCAGCAAUACAUGUGUAAUGUUUGUAAUAAAGGGUUCUCUAAUCAAUGUAAAUUAUAUACACAUCUGAAAAUGCAUUCGGGAGAUAAGCCACAUGAAUGUGAUGUUUGUCAUAAAAAGUUUGGUCAGAAGACAAAUUUAUUACAACACAAAAAUGUUCAUUCAGGAGAUAAGCCAUAUAAAUGUGAUGUUUGUCAUAAAAGGUUUACUCAAAGUUCUGGUUUAAGUAAACACAAAAGAAUUCAUACAGGAGUAAAGCAAUAUGAAUGUGAUGUUUGUCAUAAAAAGUUUGGUCAGAAGAUAAAUUUAUUACAACACAAAAAUGUUCAUUCAGGAGAUAAGUCAUAUGAAUGUGAUGUUUGUCAUAAAAGGUUUACUGAAAGUUUUGUUUUAAGUAAACACAAAAGAAUUCAUACAGGAGUAAAGCCAUAUGAAUGUGAUGUUUGUCAUAAAAAGUUUUAUCAGAAGACAAAUUUAUUACAACACAAAAAUGUUCAUUCAGGAGAUAAGUCAUAUGAAUGUGAUGUUUGUCAUAAAAGGUUUACUCAAAGUUCUGGUUUAAGUAAACACAAAAGAAUUCAUACAGGAGUAAAGCCAUAUGAAUGUGAUGUUUGUCAUAAAAAGUUUGGUGAGAAGAUACAUUUAUCGACUCACAAAAAUGUUCAUUCAGGAGAAAGGCUACAUGAAUGUGAUGUUUGUCAUAAAAAGUUUUCUCACAGUUCUACUUUGAAAAACCAUAAAAAGGUUCAUUCAGGAGAAAGGCCACAUGAAUGUGAUGUUUGUCAUAAAAGGUUUUCUCAAACUUCUACUUUGAAAACCCAUAAAAAGGUUCAUUCAGGAGAAAGGCCACAUGAAUGUGAUGUUUGUCUUAUAAGGUUUUCUCAAAGUACUUAUUUAAGCAUUCAUAAAAAGUUUCAUUCAGUAGAAAGGCCACAUGAAUGUGAUGUUUGUCAUGAAAGGUUUUUUCAAAGUCAUCAUUUAAGAAGACAUAAAAUGGUUCAUUCAGGAGAAAGGCCACAUGAAUGUGAUGUUUGUCAUAAAAGGUUUUCUCAAAGUCAUCAUUUAAGAAGACAUAAAAAGGUUCAUUCAGGAUAAAGACCACGUGAAUGUGAUGUUUGACAUCCAAGGUUUUCUCAAAUUUCUUGUUUAUCUUCACCCAAAAAAAAAUCAUUAAAGAGAGAGGCCACAUGAUAGUGAUAUUUAUCACAAAAAAUUGACUCUGAGGAAUAAUUUGUUAUGAUUUUUGUGUUUUUACAGGUUAUAAGCCAUAUGUAUGUAUACAAAAUUUUCUUAAAGCUCUUAUUUAAGUGCUCUUGAAAAAGUCAUUCAAAAGACAGGCCACAUUAAUCUGGUAUUUGUCAGAGAUUUUCUCAAAGUUCAUUCAGGAGAUAAGCCACAUGAAUGUUGAUGUUUGUCACAAAAGAUUUUGUCAAUUAUCUAAUUUAAAUACUCAUAAAAAUUCAUUGUAGAGGUAAUCCAGGAAAUUCAUCAUGACUAAAAACCAAUUUAAUGUCAUUUUUAACAUAAAUAAUUAAUACUAGAGUAAAUUAUUAUUGAAUAUCUUGUUAUAAUUUUUUCUCUUCACAUAACUUUAACUAGUGGUCAUCCAAUAGUGGAACUUUAACUAGUGGUCAUCCAAUAGUGGGCCAUAGUUUAUUAAUUUUAAUAUUUGUAUUAUGAAGAGGUUGUUUUGUUAAAGAGUAUACCAUGUCAAUUAUUAUACACGAGCCGACCCACUUGGCGAAACACUGGGCAGAUGAAGUAGUGUUGGGUAGGUGUAAAGUUCACAUGUGACUACAGCAUAUGAAGAGAUAGUGUGGUCAGACCCACGCUCAGCCAAAAUCUGUGUUUUCACAGACAAAAACAUGUCUGAGUUGGGAGGACACUGGGUAGGUGAAGUAGAGUUGACCUGUUUUUAUGACCUCAGCAUAUGAAGAUUAUGUUGUCAGACCCAUGCUCAGACGAAGUCAGUGUUUUUAAAAGACAAAAACGUCUGAGGUGUGACGCCUUUUUGAAUGUGGAGUCUGGUUAUUUUGUGAUGAUAAGUGACAGACGUUAUGUCAUUUAUGGAUGACCCCCGAAACGCACAUUUAUCUAAUGAUAACGGGUAGUCUAGUUAGUACAUAAAAGCUUGUUAUUAAAACAUUUUUUUAAUGAAAUUUUUUUUUAGUACUGUACAUGUUUUUAUUUACAAUAGAGUUUCAUGACUAAAAACAAUUGCGCACCUAUUGAACGUGAUGACGCGUGUGGUGUGGUUGGAUAGAUACGCCUACUAAUUCGGUCCAAAUUUUAAUUAAUUCAUAAAAAAUUAAUUAGGCAUCCAAUUAAGUCAAAUUUAAUUUCAGUCAGACCGCAUUGUCUUCAUGUCUUGACCCACGUGCCAACUGUGAACCGUAUGGGUCAAGUAGAAGUGUCAGAGUUUUCGCUCCGGCGUUUUGAUCUAGACUGACGACAGAGGAAGCGAGUUAAAUAAAAGCUUGUAAAAAUUGGAAUUCGUUGAUCGCCAUAUGGUUGGGUUAGUAAAUAAGUUAGUAUCAAGCUCUUCAAGAAAAAACAAUACUUCUGAAGAAUUUUUUUUUUUUAAAUUAGCAAACAUCUAAAUCGUUCUUCCAAAAGUGAUUUUAAUUACCUAAAAAUAAAACAUAAUUUUCAAAAGGUUGGCAAUGUACAACAAGAAAAUAUAAAUGUCAACAGUAUGUGUAAUGACCAA